AUGUCCGAAUUCAUCGGAUCGCGCAUCUCUCUCAUCUCCAAGAGCGACAUCAAAUACGUCGGAACACUACACGAGAUCAACUCGGAGAACUCGACAGUCGCUCUCGAAAAUGUCAAGUCAUUCGGUACCGAAGGCCGUCGCGGCAACCCAGACGACGAGAUCCCACCCAAUGACCAGAUCUACGACUACAUUGUCUUCCGUGGAAGCGAUGUGAAGGACCUGACCAUUGUCGAGCCUCCCAAGGAGAACAAGCCUCAGCCUCCUCAGAUGCCCAAUGACCCCGCCAUCCUUGGAGCUGCAAGACCCCACGGUGCACCUGGAGCCCCUCAAGCACCAUCAUCCGGUCCUCAAGGCGCUUUCCCUCAGCCCAACCAGCAGCAACAACAGCAGUGGCGCGGUCCCCAAGGUCCUCAGGGCCCUCAACAACCCCCACCUUUCCCUCCAUACGGUUACCCUCCUCCACCCCAGGGCAACUCUCGCUUCGGUCCUCCUGCUGGUCCUCAUGGCUUCCCCAACGCUCCACCUCAGUUCUACGGUCCCCCUCCUCCAGGCUGGUUCCCUCCUCCAGGACAGGGCUUCCCUCAAGGCCAUCCCGGACAUUUCCCUCCUCAGCCCAUUGGUCCCCCUGGCCAACAGCCUCAGGCCCAACAGCAGAGAUCUUCUGAUGCACAAACACCUGCUCCCUCCAAGAAGCAGCCCGAGUCCGCAAAUGACGCCACAACCUUCCCUCCUCAAGUUCCCGACCAAAAGCCUGCCUCUUCCGCAGCCCAGACACCUUCAGUCGAAGCUGCCGCUCCUCCACCACCUGUCGACUCAAAGCCUGACGUUGCUGCUGCUACUGCUCCUGCUCAGUCGCAGCAAAAGCCUCCUACUGGUCCUAAGAACACUCGUGUCGCCGUUCCUCUUGUUCCUCUGCACGCUAAGCCUGGCAACGCACCUACAAACUUGACUCAACAGCAACAAAGUGCUACGCAAACCGCUGCUGCUGCUGUUGCCGCCGCUAUGGCCAAGCUCCCUGUCUCGGCUGCUGCUCCUACUGACGCCAGUAUCGACAACUUGACCAAGCGCGUUGGUGACAUGCGCACCGAUGACAGAACAAGGCGACCCCGCCAGCCCGGCGCUGGUGGUUUCCCGGCUGGACAUCGUGGCGGUCGCGGUGGCAGACGCCCCAGCAACCGUGAUCUCGUCAAACCCGUAGAGGUACCCACGACGGAUUUCGACUUCGAGACCAGCAACGCCAAAUUCAACAAGCAGGACCUGGUCAAGGAGGCGAUCGCAUCAGGCUCUCCUUUGGGCACACCUGCUGACGAGCCCCAAGAAGAUGCUCUCAAUGGCCACGAGGCUCCCCAGGCCGAGCGCGAGGUCGUCAUUCCUGGUGCCACCUACAACAAGUCAAGCUCAUUCUUUGACAACAUCUCUUCAGAGCUCAAGGACAGACAGGCAGCUCAAGAGGAUGGAAGACGCAUGGGAGGUAUGGAGUUCAGAACCGAAGAGCGCAAGAAGAACUUCGAGACCUUUGGACAAGCCAACGUGGACAAUGGAUACCGCGGUGGAUUCCGUGGUCGCGGCCGCGGCAGAGGUUACGGUCGUGGUGGCCAGCGCGGUGGUUUCGCACCCAGAGGUGGCUACGCACCCAGAGGUCGUGGAGCAAGCUUUGCUGGCGAGUCUUAG